GAAUAUUGCUAAAUAAUUGAUGCAUAUAGGAUCGAGAAAACCUAGAAUGAGACUGAAACGAGCUGAUCUAUCAUUCAAGGAAGAAAGAACCUACAAGUGGCGCAGUGAGUAGGAUUCUCAUCAAUUUCAUUUAGCAAUAUUAGGGUGGAAAUCGUAAUUACAAAUGAUUGUAAAAGUGGUAUGUUUUACAGAUUGUUCCGUCCAUUUUUGAACAUCUAAUCAUCUGGGUUUAACGAGUGUCCUGUGAUAAUCUUGGUGAGGCUUGUAAACUCUGGGCAUUCGUAAAAGGGAGAUACAGGUGAGAAGGAAAGUGCUUUUGUUAUAACCCUAUUGUAUUGACAAUGUACCUUAUAUUUGGUGAGUCCAUAAGGUUUUAUUGAUUUAGUGCUUUUUCUACAAUAGCGGGAUAUUGAAGUUGUAUUUCACUUCAGAAGCGUAGUCAUGCUAAAUAAGCCAGCCAGUGCUUGUACUGUUACGCGCGCGCUGGUUUCACGUGACUUGGUGAUCGACUGUCGAUCGUACAUCGAAGUCGUGGGUGCCUAAUUGAAAGUAGUUUAUGCUUUCACGUUUCUUGGAAGAUUUUGAACGUGUUAGUCAGUUUGACUUCUUCAACUUCCAACGAACUUAAUGUGUUAAUUCUAUAUUUAUUUUAUACAUAGUUGUUCUGAAAUGUCUUUAGUGGAUAUUUUGGAGAAAGCUCAAGCGCUUGGCUUGAGUGCAGACGUAGUUCAUGAUUUACUAGAAAAGCAGCAUCAGAUAGAUAAGGAUAAGGCGGAUAGAUUGGAGCGGUCAGCCGAACGAGAGACGAGACGGCUAGAAUUAGAAUAUAACGAGGCAGAGAGGCGACGAGCGCAUGAACUCGAGCUUGCUAAGAUUAAGCAUAGUAGUUCGAACGAGUUAGACAGUAAUUCUAGGUCAAAUUCGCAUAUGUUCGAGGGUCUUAGACUGCCUACUUUUGCCGACGGCCAAGAUGAUUUAGAUAGUUAUCUACAGCGGUUCGAACGUUUAGCAGAACUGCAUGGGUGGAAGCAUGAGGACUACCACGUAUAUCUAGGUACAUCAUUACGUGGUCAAGCACUUAAGGUGUAUAUUUCUUUACCAGAUGAAACCCUCCGAAAUUAUGAACGUUUAAAGGAAGCCCUGCUUAGAGCAUUUGCUGUUGAUGCAGAUUCUUAUAGAAGAAAAUUCAGAGAGAGUAAAUGUAAAGAAAAUGAAUCAUAUGUACAGUUAGUGGUUAAGAUGGAGCAGUAUCUCGAUCGGUGGCUGUCCAUGAGUAAUGUUGAGAAAGAUUACGCUCGUCUAUUUGAUUUCCUUAUCCGGGAACAGUUACUGACAAAUUGUAGUUCUGAUUUACGCGUGUUCUUAAAGGAAAGAGGGUGUGAAAGCGCAACGGAGAUGGCGGAAGCAGCAGAUAGAUAUCGUAGUGCUCACGCAUAUCGCGGAAGCAAACUGUCAAGGCCGGUGCAAAAACAGAGUUCACCUAAUUCUGAUGACAUUAAAUGCCAUGGAUGUGGGAAGCCUGGUCAUAUCCGUCCGAACUGCCCUAGUAACCCUAGAAACUUUAAGCAAAAGACAGAGGGUAAAGUUAAUUUUGUUUUUCAGUCUGAGAUGAAACCACAAAACAGUAUAAUUGAUGCUGAAGGCAAGUUGUUUGAAAAACCAGCGGAGGUUAUGUUUGACACGGGAUGUUCGACUGUAAUUGUUAAUGACAAAUUAGUGCCUGCAAGAUUUAGAUUGGGGCCUAUGGUUAAGGUUUAUGAUUAUCUUGGGGUUCCAAAUUCCUUCCCUAAGGUCAGAUGUUUUAUUCAAAGUAAAUUUUUUUCGGGGUGGAUUAGUGCUAUUGCAGCUCCCCUUAAAUUUGCAGACGUGCUUAUCGGACUAGUUCCUGGCGUAAAAUUGCCUAGUAAGUGCGCCACUACCUCGCUCGAGCACGAACAGAGCAAAGACGUAGGCGAUGAUGCUUCACAAGCUCUUACAAAGGUAGGCGAUGUUUCUGUGGGUAAUGACUACAAAAUCGCGGAUAAAAAGGAUGUUAAUGAGUCUCCUGACGUCAUUGCUAUGAGUGUCCAGACUCGUUCAUCUAUAUCAAAAGUGGCUAAGAUUACCUCAUUAGCUUGUUCAGAAUUCCUAGACCUAAAUAUAAAUAAAGAUCAAAUAAGGGAGGAACAGCUAAAUUGUCCAACUCUUCAAUCUAUCAGGGAAAACGUCAAAAGCGGAAAACGUGUGAAAGUAAAAUCGCGCGCAGUAAAAUUUGAAAUAAUAGGCGGACUUAUUUACAGGGUAUGUCUUGAGAGCAAAUAUGAUUACGAAAUUGGAAGUAAGCAGCUUGUUAUUCCAGAUAAGUACAGGAUUCACGUCCUAAAUCUGGCUCAUGAUUCACUGACUGCCGGACAUUUCUCUCAUCGGAAGACGAGUUUUAAAGUAUUUUCUAAAUUCUUUUGGCCCGGUGCUGGCGCUCACAUUAAGAGAUAUUGCAGAUCAUGCCCAAUAUGUCAGAAAUUUUCAGCCAAGGGAACUGUACGUAAAGUACCUAUGAAGAAUCUCCCCAUAAUUUCCGAACCCUUUUCACGUGUUGCCAUAGAUCUAGUCGGACCUUUUUCACCUUGCUCAGAGAGAGGAAACAAAUAUGUGCUUACUUUAAUAGACUACGCUACACGAUAUCCCGAAGCUGUACCUCUGAAAAACAUUGAUACAGUAACCGUUGCGGAAAGCUUGGUAGAAAUAUUCUCGAGAGUUGGUGUCCCGAGAGAGAUCUUAUCUGACCGUGGUUCACAAUUCAAAUCUGAUCUCAUGAGCGAAAUUCACAGAAUGUUAUCCGUUAAAGCUUUAUAUACCAGCCCCUAUCAUGCUUCAUGUAAUGGUGCUGUAGAAAGACUGAACGGUGUAUUAAAGUCAAUGAUAAAGAAGCUUUGCGUAGAUCACCCGAAAGAUUGGGAUCGCUAUAUACCUGCUGCCCUAUUUGCCUACAGAGAAAUUCCGAACGACAGUCUUAAGUUCUCCCCAUUUGAAUUAUUGUACGGACGUCAGAUUCGUGGACCUUUAACAAUUUUACACGAGCUAUGGACAAAAGAUGACAUCGAUAGUGACGUAAAAACUACCUAUCAGUAUGUUUUAGAUUUACGCUCGCGUCUUGAGGAGACUGCGAAACUAGCAGCUGCCCAAGCGGAGAUUAGUAGUCGUAAUUAUAAGAGCUAUUACGAUCUUAAAGCUAAACACCGUAAGUUAAACACAGGUGAAGAAGUACUAGUCUUAUUACCCUCCAGUAGUAAUAAAUUAAUUAUGCAAUGGCUUGGUCCUUACCCCGUUGUGCAAUGCAAAGAUAAUGGCGUAGAUUACGUUAUUAGAGUACGUGGUGUAAAGAAACUAUUUCACAUCAACAUGCUAAAAAGGUACUUCCGCCGUGACAGCUACAAAAGCGAGAGUGAAAUUGCUCAGGUAUGCAUAGUUGAAGAAGAGAACCAAGUGGGUGAUAACUGUGAACCAGUUUAUUUUGACACAGAAGGUAUUAGUAACAUCAAUUUUGGUAAUGAACUAACUAAAAUUCAAAUUGGCGAAUUGAAAGGGAUUUUGAGUAAAUUUACUGAUGUACUGACUGUCAAACCAGGUCUAACAAAUACAAUAAAACAUGUUAUUAAUAUAAACUCUAGUAAACCUGUGCAUAAGAAACCAUAUCCCAUCCCUAACAGCCUAGUUAAUGAUUUCAACACUGAGAUUGACAAGAUGUUAGUCAUGAACAUUAUUGAACCUUCAACAUCUGCAUUUUCUUCUCCUGUCGUGAUGGUGAAGAAAAGUGAUGGGUCGUGGAGAAUUUGCAUUGAUUUUAGAGCCCUAAAUGACGUGACUGACUUAGAUGCAGAGCCCAUGCCUAAUACAGAAGAGGCUCUUGGAAAAUUUGUGAACGAUAUUUAUUUCACUGAAGUAGAUCUUUGCAGAGGAUAUUGGCAGAUACCCUUAUCGAAAGACUCAAAGAUGUAUACUGCGUUUGCUACUUAUAGGGGUCUCAUGCAAUUCCGAGUUAUGCCUUUCGGAUUAAAGUCUGCUUGUGCAACCUUCAUAAGACUUAUGAGGAAAGUGGUUUCUGAAUUGAAAAAUACUGACUGUUAUUUUGAUAACAUUGUAAUCCAUAAUAAUGAUUGGUCUGAACACCUACAGGACGUGAAAGAUCUUUUGCUGCGUCUACGUAAGCAUGGUUUAACUGCAAGCCUUAGUAAGUGUUUCUUUGGUUUUUCAAAAAUUAAAUAUUUGGGAGUUUUGUUAGGAGAUAACUGUAUUAGUCCUCUUGAGUCUAAAAUCAAUGCCAUCUUGGCAAUGCCUUUGCCUGUAAACAAGAAGCAAUUAAGGUCUUUCAUCGGAACUAUAGGUUAUUACCGCAAAUUUGUUCCUAAUUUCGCAAGUAUAGCAGCUCCUUUGCAUGAUCUCCUCAAGAAAAAUAGUAGUAAUAGAUUACAGUGGAGUGAGGAGAAAGCAAAAUGCUUCAACAAACUAAAGCUGUCUUUAGUAAGUAAACCAGUGCUUUGUUUACCAGAUGAUUCUAAGACUUUUUAUGUUCGUACUGAUGCUUCUGAUAUUGGUCUCGGAGCGGUGUUAUUACAGAAUAUGAAUGAAAUUAACAUGCCUAUCUGUUACGCUAGUAGGAAAUUACUAGAUAGAGAAGCAAAAUAUGCUGCCAUUGAAAAGGAAUGUCUUGCCAUAGUUUGGGCAAUUCAAAAGUUUAAAGUCUAUUUGUAUGGAAGAGACUUUAUCUUGCAGACAGACCAACAACCUCUUGUUUAUCUUAAAAAUAUGAAAAACACUAAUGGUAGAUUAAUGCGCUGGGCUUUGGCACUACAGUGUUACUCAUUUACUGUAGAGUAUAUAAAAGGCAGCGAAAAUGUCGGAGCUGACAUUCUUAGUCGUUGCCCUGUACCUGAAUAGUUGACCAAUCAUGGAGUUAAAAUCUUGAGAUUUUGAACUUCAUUGGGGGGCAUUGUCCGUGGAUUGGUACAAGUAUAUAAAAUCCCCUUUUUCGUUUGUACUUUAUAAAAGAUAUAUAAAGGUUAUAAAGAAUGAUUUUUGUUUCUGUAUAUAUGUGUAAGGCUUUAGAAAGAAAAUUGUAAGUA